AUCAUUGGAUCUAUUGGUGAAUAUCUUAUACAUCAACUAAAUAGAGACCAUUAAAUAAUGAGUACAUUAGAGGACAAGAUAUUGGGUGAGAAAAGACAAUAUUAUUGCAGUAGUGAUGAGGAGGAAGAAGAAGACAAUAAUGAAGAUAACGGUGACAAAGAUCAGACCAAUAAUAGUACAAAUGAUACAACAAAUGAUGACUUUGGAGGACAACAAAGACAACAACAACAGUGGAACCGAUGGAAUGGAUAUUCUGUUAAUACUGGACCUAAAGGUGUGAUCAAAGAUUGGCAAAGAUAUAAACAGUUUGAGAGCGAACAGCGAGAAGCAGAUGAUAGACAAAAAUUAGAGAUCAUGAAGAAGUUAUCCCUGACUUGUAAUCCACAUUUGGAUCAAGAGUUGACACAAAACAAGAACAACAGCGACAAUGAGGACGAAUUGGACGAUAUGAAUGAUCCGGUUCUUAAAGAAUAUAUGAUUAAAAGGAUGCAAGAAAUGAUGGAUCAGAUUGACAGCAAUGGUAAAGACAGACCUGUUUUCGGCAAACUAUUGCUAUUGAGUUCUGGUUCUGAAUUCUUGGAGGCCAUCGAUAAGGAGAAGAAGUUUGUGAUAAUUAUAUGCCAUAUCUUUGCGAAAAACGUUGAACAGUGUAAACAAAUGAACCAAUGUCUCGACUCUUUGGCCAAACAAUACUUUAAUAUCAAGUUUUGUGCGAUCGAGGCUUCGGUGGCCGGAAUGUCUCACCAUUUUUCCAAAAGUGGUGUUCCCGCACUAUUGGUUUAUAAAUCGGGUAAUCUUGUGGCCAACUUUGUCCGAUUAAGCGAUGAAUUCAACGAUCAAUUUGUAUCAACAGAUGUCGAGACAUUUCUUGUAGAACACGGCAUACUAAAUGACAACUCUGGCAGUAAUUCAAUGCAAAACAAUGGUUCAAACAUUAGAGUUAAUGCCGAUAACGAUGAUGACGAUAGUGAUUGAUAAGACAGUCAUUAACUAAAAUACCAAUUGAUUUGUUAAUUUAUUUAUUAGUCAAAUGGAUUUAAAUUUAAACUUAAAA